AUGACUACCUCAGAGAACACUAAAUCCUGCACAGGCGCUUUCGUCGACCGGUCCGGUCGGGCAAUCUGCCUCGGCGUCCUCGCCACGGCGAUCCUUACUCUCGGAUUUGGUGGAUGGGCGGCAACCGCCAAGCUGUCGGGUGCUGUCGUUUCAUCCGGGAAUGUUGUUGUCGCCUCGGACCUCAAGGCCGUCCAGCAUCCGGACGGAGGCAUUGUUGAAGACAUCCGCGUGCGCAAUGGCGACCGGGUCAACGCCGGCGACAUCGUCCUUUCCCUGGAUGACAAACUGCUGAAGGCGAACCUGGCCCUUGUUGACGACAGGUUGAUCGCCCUUGAAGCCCAGGCCGCGCGACUCGAGGCAGAACGGGACGGUCUCAAAGACCUCAUUCCGUCGAUCGAACUUGACGCGCGGAUAGCAGAAGUCAAAGUGAAACGCGCCCUGGCCUCUCAGCGCGCGGUCAUGGAGGCAAGAAGAAUUUCCCGAGACGGCGGGAUUGCCGCGCUGGAAGAACAACUCGCUCAGACCGAGGAGGAAAUCUCGGGCCUUGAGGCACAACGCGCCGCGAAAGACGAGGAGAUCGCGCUCAUAGACCACGAACUGGAGGGUCUUCAGAUCCUGCUCGAAAAAGGCCUCACACCCGAAACGCGGAUCACGGCGCUUAAGCGGGAAAGAAGUGGUCUCACUGGAAGCAGCGGUGCACAUACUUCGCAGAUUGCGGUCGCGAGGGGUCGCAUCAGCGAGACGCGGAUCAAUCUGCUGCAACUGGAAAAGAGUUUCCAAGAGCAGGUGAUGAACGAGAUUGCCGAUCUUACGAUCGAAAUCGACCAGCUCAAGGAACGCCGAGCCUCCGCGCGCCUCCAACUUGCCCGUGUCGAUGUCCGCGCACCCACUGACGGUAUCGUGCACGAACUUGCCGUUCACACCGUCGGCGGCGUGGUAUCACCUGGCGAAACCGUUAUGCGGAUCGUACCCGAGGCCGAUGGAUUGGUAAUCAACGCUACCAUCGCGCCGCAAGACAUCAACAAUGUCACCGUCGGCCAGCAGACCGGCCUCGUGAUCGCCGCCUUCGACUUGAAGACAGUCCCGCGCUUGAGCGGACAGAUCGAAUACGUGUCGGCGGACCUCAAGACCGAUCCCAUGACGGGAGUAAGCUACUACGAGGCACGUGUCGAGCUAGACGAGGACGCCACAGAUUUACUGGCUGAGCGUGAGCUUCACUUGCUGCCCGGCAUGCCGGCUGAGGUCUAUAUUGAGACCGGUGAACGUACGAUGUUCGAAUAUCUUCUCGACCCGCUGAGCAAGCAGGUCCGCACAACCUUCCGUGAAAUGUAA